CGACAUGACGAUAAGAUAUCAAUGAAACUGGGUUGGGGUAAUCUACUAACCGGUUCCUUUGGCGGUGCUGGUGGUGGUGGUGGUGGUGUAGCAACUGCCGUCUCAGCUACAGGUGUCUCAGGCGCUGCUGCCGGCUUCUCAGCCAGGCCCUUUUCCUCAGCGGACAUGGUGAAAAGGGAUGGAUGGUGGUUAUAUCCGCGGGUGAGUUCGGUUUACCGCCCCCUUUUCUUUCGUCCUGCUGUUUUUUUUGUUUACCUACCCACUUUUCCCUUUGUUUGUUUUUGUUCACCUCAUGCAGAUGUUUGGAGAUAUUGGGAGAAUGAACGGUAAAAGUGAAAAGAGAUUUUGUUAUUGCGAAUGGGAAAUCUAAGAGGGCCGGAACGUUCCGUGGAUUGAUGGAUGGAUGAGUGAAAGGGUUGGGUUGGGUCUGGGUCUGGUUCUGGGUUCAAAGAUUCCGACCGAAAAGACAGAUCAGAUCAGAUCAACAAGCCAAAGAACAGAACCGACCGACUGGCUGGAUGGAUGGAGCAUGUCAACACUCUUUUCUUCUCUUCUUCUUCUUCGACUUUCAGUUCCAUCCACCUCAAGGUGUCAUGGGGGAGUAUGUAGUGGAAAAUGACAUUUUUUUUUUGCCUUGUCCCCUUCUUCGUGUGUCCCGCCGUUUUCCCACACCACCAC